AUGAGUCGAAUAGCCUCGAGGCGCCUGCUGGCCCAAUCGCCUCUACAUGUAUUUCUCGAAGCAUCACCGGCACCUCGGAUCAACUCACAAUGUCUCCGUCAACUCUCGACAACCACCUCCAGAAAGGCAGAAGGAGAUCCUCCCAAACCAGCUCCAGCCCAAAGAGCCUUCCCAUCCUUCGGCGCCAUUAGAAAACCUGCCGUAGCCCCACGCGCUGCCUCGCCCUCUAUCCACCCAAAAGCAGCUACUUCCGACCUAACUGGUCUUGCCGACAUGUUCAGCAAGCUGAUCGAUGAGAACAAAGGCCAGCGAGCAAACGACACAGCGAGGCGGACGAUGAGGUUUGCCGACUCGAACUUCUCCUCUGAUGGAAGUGGAAACUUGAUGGCGAGAGAAGGGGAGCAUGUCGACACUGCGUGGCAGUUGCAUAUCUACGCUACCAGACAUAAUGUGCACAUCACUCUUGUGAGGCCGCCGAAUUGGUACCAUCCUUCGACAGGGAAGAGAUAUCCUGAGAAGGGGGAUAACAGGACCGUGGCUCUGUCUUUGUCAGCUGGGAAUUUAGGGUUCAGGAAGUCGGGGAGGAAGCAUUACGAUUCUGCGUUCCAAUUGGCGUCGUACGUCAUGAGCCGGAUGCAAGAAUCUGGACUGAACUCUUGGAUUAAGGAGAUAGAAGUCUUCCUCAGAGGGUUUGGAGCUGGACGUGAGGCUGUUACGAAGGCAUUGUUGGGUACGGAGGGCAGAUAUCUGAGAGGGAAGGUGGUGAAGGUAUCGGACGCUACAAGACUGAAGUUUGGUGGAACGAGGAGUAAGAAACCAAGACGUCUGGGUUAG